AGCUCCCCAUCAGACGCAGACGUUCAACAAAUUCACAGCCUCAACAUGAAGUUUCUUCACCUCUUUGGAAUGGCUGCAGAUCACGUGGCGUCUUCGAUAGUGAGUGAGGAGGUUUGUGACUCCCUCCAGACCCAAGCCAAGGCGAUGAAUGAUGCUAUUUGCCGGCGCACAAAACUGCCAGAUUUUCUUAGCUGGAGUCGUCAGUUUGAUGAGAAUAUGAAAUCUCUUCUCUACGAUAUCUGGAACAUUAAUCGACACCAGCCACAGGCCUUUAUAUCGCCCGGUUUAGCUGCACUUUGCAGCGACUCCAAUCAGCCACCUCUGAAGCUCCUUCAUCUACUCUCCGGGCCUACUUCCGACGAAGCCCUCGACAGCGGGUAG